GAUACACUGGCCUUCAAAAUUAAACCGAAGAAGUAUAAGAAAAUAUCACAGUAACCCAUUAUCAUGUGAAAUAGCUAUUUGAAAAUAUGGAUUUGGUCUUACAAACUUCGUGAAGGAAAUGGAUUCAUUUCUUAGCGAAUUUGAAGAGGCCAGUAAGACGGAGCUGCGCUGGCUGCGAGAGCUAUACCAAUUUGUAGAAGACAAUUUGUGCACUGUGACAGGCCACAAUGCUGGUUAUUCUGCUGCACAGCUGGCGUUGGCAGUGGUUAGAAGAGUUCAACGGGCAGUGGGCACCAAGACCGCCAUGCUGCCCGUCGGCUACAGGUUAGUCUCCGUUUCGGAACUGGUCACCAGGCAACACACGUUCUGUUGUAGCCAUCUCACCUGGACCACCACUGAGUACAGAGAGUGGACCAAAGAAGCAGAGGGAGUGCUGUCCAAUUACAAAGCUUUGUCGCCUGCCUACCUUCUCCUGAUUGGUUUUCUGAUUGAUGGCAGUUCAGAGCCAGGUGUAACAUGUGAUGGAACUUGGAAAGUGAUGGAUGGAAGUGGGAGUGUAACCUGUGAGGUUCUCAACCCCUCACCUGAGUGGCUUGGGCAGCUGAUGCUAUUUCCCAGUUGGAACUACAUCCCCCAGCAUGCUUCAGGUCAGGGACAGGAACCAAAGGGCUACCUCGAGAUGAGUGCUUCACCCCUAUCUCUCGUCCCCAGUCCUAAAGCCUUUGACCCUGGGGGGUCUCUCUCUAAAUUAAUGGGGACCGGGGAAGCUGCCAAAGUACUGGGGCUGAGGGAAAGGCAAAGAGGCGUUCGUCUCCAUGUGUUCGGGCAAAUUUGCACAGUGUGCCCCCUGCUGGAAAUUGGGGUGAAGUCAUUCUUCUGUUUCUGUCUGAAAGAGGGGGACAGCACUGUUCCUGUGCUGGUCAUGGACCCUGGCUGUCUGCGCUGGCGGCAGUGUGUGCACGUGGCCACGUUUGUCUGCGUGUCGGGUCUGCGUGUCUGCGGGCUGAGGGAGUGGCCGGGGCACAAAGUUCUGUGUGCCACCCCCGAGUCGCGCUUGCAGGUCCUUAAAGAGCCCCCGGCCGCUCUGCUGACCUGGGAGGAGGCGCUCGGCUCCUCUGGGCAUCAUGGGAAAACCGGGUUGGAGAGUCAGGGGCGACAGGACAUGGAGACGGACACACAGUCUGAGGCGGGCACACAGACUGACAAAGAAAAACAGGCAGAGAUGGACACGCAGUCUGGUAUGCAGACAAUUACAACUCUGCCACAGAAUUUCCCUGUAGCCAAGACCAAAAUUUCCAAAAUGAUCAGCUAUAAGGGGGUGGUAUCGAAGGUGCUGAACUCAGAGGCGGGGCUCUAUGAGAUUGACGGGACGGUUGGGCUGUGCCUAGCCUAUCAGCCUCUGCAGAGAGGAGGCCAUCGCUUGCGGCCAGGGGCAGAAAUUGAGCUCCAUGAUGUCCAUUUCCUGUACCGGCCAUCCCCGCACGCCCUUCCCACAAUGCUGUGCGCGUGCCUGCGCUCCAGCAUACGGGUCAUAUCCUUCAGCCGACUGGAAACAGAGCUGACUUCCUGCCACCCCAGGGACUCCCCUGCACUCUGCCUCCUGCUGGAAAGGAACCUGGGCGUUUCCCAGUACCUGUGGCUGUGUCACUGUCUGAGCGCGCUCAGAGAGAGGCUGUGCCCCCGCUGGGUGCGAGAGGGGCGUCUAAGGGCAGCAGCACGAAGGCUGUUGAGCUGUGUGGUGCCGCCGGGGUGGGAAGGCGGGAGACCAAGGGAACUCUACAAAGAGAUGCUGGAGGAGCCUCACUGCUGCCCCCUAACAGAGUACUCAGUGGACAGUCCUUCAUGCGAGUUGAUCUCCAUGCGAGAUCUGCGGUCCUGGAUGGAGGGAGAGUGUUGGGAUUCCAUGUCCCUGCCGUCCUUACUGCCCGCCUCAGCCCCCCAUCUUACCCGUGCUGCACUGAACCCUCUGCUCGCCUGGUCUGUCCACGUCCUGUCUGCCGGGACCCUGCCCAAACCCAAGGUGCUGGUAGGUGUGUUGCGGGUGAGUGGGCGAGGGCCAUGUAUACAGUUGGAGGACCAGACGGGGGUGAUGGAUUGUGUAGUCGUGGAAAAGAGAGAUGACCAAUCCUACUGUGCUGCCUACAACACUGCCUGGUUAGAUUGUUUAGUGUGCGUUCAGCGCUACGCUCUGGUAAUGGAACGAUUUCUGACGGCCGACUUCCCUGCCUGGACGCACCUGGACCAGGAGCGCUACAUCACACACAGACACUCCAGGCUGUACAUUCAGCUGUGUCUGGAUGACCUUACUGUUCUCAGGCCAUCUGUCGCCAUGGCGAAGUUCCUCAGCUCCUCAAAUCCAGAGAAGGGCAGGGAAGGGGAGCAGCAGAGGGAUGAGUGCGCUCCCCAUUCAAGCGCAGACCAGCCUGGUGGGUCCCAGGGAAGUGAGCGGUCCAGUCAUCUCAGAAAGGAAAGAGAGAGCCACAAACAGGCCACAGAGGAGCCUGUCCUCUCUGCUGUAACAGGAAACCGCCCCAAACUCAGCGUGGAUCAGACGAACAGGAGAACCAGGCCAGGAGAGGAAAGGACAGCAAAACAUGCCAAAAGAGCAAGAAAAGAUGACAAAGAUGACAACCUAAAGUCAAAAACCCGAACUGUAGAGGAUAAACAAGAAAAUACAGGAAGUGGGGAGAGGGGCAUGCACAAGCCACCCCUGACUGACCCCGCCUGUUCAUUGACCUCUGGCUGGUUGAAGGUCGCGCCCCCUGUUCCCUGUGUGUCCGUUGUCUUCUGUGUGGAGUCCAAAGAAGGACUGGCCUUUCGCAACGUCCAGGUUUCAGAAGGAGACCCCAGACUCUCUCUGUGUUUUGGGGUAUCCGCUGUGUUGCUUGGUGGGGUGCAGAAGUGGAGGCAGGACCCCAAAAACUGUCCCGUGGAACAGAGAGAAACUACACUAAGGGAAGCCCAGAAUGAUAGGGUGGAGCUCCAGUUCGUGGGCGAAUGUGUGCGCUGGUACCCCUUGCUGCAGCUUGGCUGUGUUUACAGGAUAGUGGCCCCCCACACUGAGGACCCUGGGGUUCUCCGUGGCUGCGGUGUGCCAACGCAGGGCGGUGCCCAGCUCCAAAGCGUGCCCACCGUUCUGGUACAGCCCCGCUGGCACCUCCACACCCUGCCCCUCCAACAGGGAAACGGGCGUGUGCAUCAGAAGGUCACGUCUGUCUCGGAGGUCCUGUGCUGCAGCACUACCUCUUCCUUGGUAUCCUUUGAAGGAGUGAUUUGUCAAAGAAUACCGCUGCUGGAGGAGAAAGGGAAGACCCUUUCUGUUCAGUCAGAGCUCAGGGAAAAGGGUGUGGAUGUGGAGCAGACUCUGAAUGUCAGGCUGACAGUGCAGGAUGUCCUGUCUCCUGGCCAGAGUAUGCAGGUAUACGCUGACCUCUCCCAGAGACCGUUCACCCCGGGCCUCGUACCUGGGGCCACAGUGCUCUUCCAGACCUUCCAGCGCAAGGUUUCCCGGAUCGGCUGUGUGUAUUGCCGCUCUGUCCCCCUGAGUUGUGUGACCGUUACUGCACUGGCACAGGCUGGCUCAGCGGAACUCAGGACUCCACCUCCCAUCAUGCACCUGGGCGAGUGGGCAUUGAAGGGGGCGCAGCACUGCGGCCUGGCUCGGGUGCGGGCUCACGUGGCGUGCGUGCUGUACCUGCAGCUGCAAUGGGUCUGCUCUCUGUGCUCCAGUGUCUUCAAACAGGACGCCUGCACUCGAAACUACCCACCAUGCACUUCAACCACUGGAGUCUUCCAAGCAGAUGCAAAGGCAGUGGUGGAGGAUGGUACUGCAGAGGCCCAAGUGUGGUUCUCCUCUCAGACGGUCUCACAUCUGCUGGCACUGAGCAUGACAGAAUGGGAAGGACUACAGCGGCUGGUCAGGGUCAGAGGUCACCUGAGAGUGCACCACCAAGGGAGGAGCGUGGGGUCUGACGUGGCCUCGGAGGACCCCCUGCUGCAGUACCUGUCCUACCUGUGCGUCUGCGCAGCCGUCUGCCGCUCCGUCACGCUCACCUGUGAACUGCGGUCGCGGUCGCAGGGCGGCGCUGCGCACGGACACGAGAACACCCAGCUGAAGAGGUUCACCCGUGGGGACCGAGAGUUCAUCACCAGGAUCCCAGCCCCCCUGCAGCUCCAGUGCACUGAGCUGAGAGAGUGGGAGAGCUCCAUGUGACAGAGAGAGGGAGAAAGGGAGAUGGGAAAUAGGGAUAAAACAAGAGAAGAUAAGCAGGAGAAAGGAAGGGAGACUACAGAACUGGAGGGGGAAGACAGAAUUAAAGAAUGAAUUUGUGUGUAUCAUGGGACAGACGUUUCAAGGUGACAUCCGUUCUUACCGGCUGAAAUGGUGUGGAUUUCCUGAUGAUUUGGAUUUCCUGAUGAUUUGGCAGCACAGAGUGAGAAGGAAAGACACCCAAGAAUAAUGCUUCAUAACAAUGUGUACUGUAAUAACUGUAGAAGUGCUCUAAAAGUGUGCCAUAUUGUUUACACUUUUUUAAUGUAAAAAAUUAGUUUUGUAUUAAACCAUUAAACUCUUUUCUUGAUUGGU